AUGAUGAUGAUGCGCUACGUGUUGUUUGUGUGUGUGCUCUGCGUGUGGUGUGCCUGUGGGUGUGAGGGAGAUGAAGCGGGAGCAGGUUCUGAUGGCCAUAAUUGCGGUACUUCGGGGAAGGAAAAAUGCCCAGGAGCAAAAAAUGGGUCUUUGGGGCCUAAUGAUCAAACGGCGAAUGUAGCGGCUCGUGGUGAUACCGAGGGAGGUGAUGAGCAGCUAGCUGUCGAUGAUCAAUUAUGCACAGCCGGUGAACCGGGCGAUGAAAAAAAAGUUCCGUGUGCGCCUAAGGCGGGGCCUACCGGCAGGAUAGUGAAUUCCCUCGCCGACGGCCAAUCUCCUGGUGGCGGAGGGCCGACAGGGCCCAAGGGGUCUAUCGUACUUUCUGGCAGUACCCCUGGGGUAACCGUAAAGGGAGACCCAGGUGGUAAUAGUGGUGGUGGUGGGGGAGGCACUGACCGGCUGGAAAAUACGGGUGUGGUCUGCACGGCUGGCGCAGCGAGCAGUACGAAUUGCCCAGAUACAGCUCAGCUACAGCAGACGCAACAGCAACAAUUAAACCACGUUGUGAAAGAUACUAAAGGUAGCACGGUGAAUGUAGGAGAGCACACGGGAAACACCCCCGUAGGUAAGGGGGUACGUGGGAACACACCUUCAGAGCAAGUCGAAACCAAUGGCGCUGGUGACACGGAUGAUAGUUGCGUGAAUGGAACACCCAAGGUAGCAGGUAAAGUUUGCAACACGAACGACAGCAAGACUAUUCAGACCUCUAAACGAGUGGAGGAAAAAGUCCAAACGCAAACUGAACAGACAUCUGAAGCAAAAGGAAACACCCCCGGCACCGUCGGUGAGAAAAAUGGCGCCCCAGCUUCUGGUGCCCCACCAUCUGCGCCAGACUCACCUGAGACUGAGAGCGCUGCUGAAGAUCACCCCAAUGGGGAGCCUGCUGAGAGUACUGCUCAGGCUGCAGUCGAACAAAGUGAUGCCGUGCAAUCGCAGACAUCUUCCGCCUCUACUUCCACGAGUGCCACAGAAGCCACAGGCAGCAGCCAGCCGGGCAGCAGUCCGUCGACCGACAAGGGUCAAGACCCGAAGGCUGCGGACAGCAGCAGCGGAGGUGCAAGCACCCACACAGGACCGCUGCUGCUGUUUGUGAUGUGGCUGGGUGGUCUGGCUAUGACUGCUGCGUGCUGA